AUGAUAUCAUCCACUGAGGUCCACGGCGCGAGACUAUUGAGAGAGAUAGCUGCUGAAGAAGGGAGUUUGGAAGAUCUCCUCAAAAACCUCCGCGCAGCCCUCAUCCCCAACCUGUCCCGGACUGGGAUACCAGACCUCGACUCUAUCUGGCAAACCCACGGCGGCAAACUCUCCAUCACAGGCCGUACCCUCCCUCUCCUCCACCACAUCCUGAUCCACCUGGUUUCCCCAUCUCACCUCAAUGGAACCAUCGCACUGGUAGACCUCACAGGACGCUUCUCGCCAUCACACCUCCUGAACCAAUCAUCAACCUCCUCAUCCUCAAAACCACAACCAGGAAAUCAACACCCCGAAGAAAAAUUCCUUCAAAAAGCUGAUCUCCAACACAUCCACGUCUUCCGUCCCACUAAAUCGAACCUCGCCGCCACACUCGCCAGCAUAGAAUCGUACAUGCUCUACGGCUCGCACCGCAGUCACGGCCGGGAAUGGCUUGGUGUUAUUGUGAAUGGUGGCGUUGGCGGAGAUAUCAAUUUAGGAUGGAGGGGAUGGCUGAGGGUUGAAAGGGAGAGCGUAGGGAAAUUUGGCGAGGGAGUUAGUGUUGAGGAGGUAUUUUGGGGGGAAAGAGGACGGAGGGCGGAGGUUGUUGACCAGAGGGGUUGGAGAGCUGUGGAUGUUAGUGCCGGUGGUGGGAGAGGUGGGUUUGUGUGGCGGUGA